AUGACCGACUCAGACACCGCUCUAGUCCCUUGGGAAAGCAUCAACGAGCAGCUUUUCGGGACGCAGCACGUGCGAUUAGACUCUUCAGCCACACCGCAGAUCACUUCGCUGCUGUCAGCCUGCUCAUAUCCCGUACCCCAACAAAUUAGGCAACCGCAACGAGAACCAGGGUACAUUCAGGCACCAUUACUUGGGUAUGUGCCAGAAGUUGCACUAUACAAUGACGAUCCCGACAUGCAGGCGACUCAGCCCGCUGCGAAGCCCCCUAAACGCCCCCGCGGCGACGUAAAUCGAUCCGGAUCAUCGCUCAAUAAAAGAGGUCGACCGCGAAAAGUAGUAGACGGCGCUGUGGAUGAAGAUCCAGAAGAGAGACGGCGGAGACAAAUCCGUCUUGCGCAACGUGCUUAUCGCUCCCGAAAAGAAGCCAACAUCUCGUCUCUUAAAAGCCGCAUCUCCGAACUCGAGUCUGUGGUAGAGCAAAUGAGCACGGCGGUUCUCUCUUUUAGUGAUAAGCUGGUUCAGUCAGGGGUUUUGGCAGGCGAUACUGGCCUGACGACGCAUUUGCGAGAUACGGUACAAGCAUGUCUCACUCUAGCUAGGGAGGCUAGCAAUGAUGGUGAACAGGAUGUUCCCAUUGUUUCGCCGCCGCAGACAGAACAAGGCUCACCGGAACUUCUGACGCCUGAGCAGCAGACCCAACCACCAAUCGUGGGAUCGAAUGAAAGCUUUCCAUUCAGCUUCGGAUCUAAUUUUAAUCUACAUCUGGGGCAGGAAGGAUUGCAGAAAACAGGAAUUAGAAAGAGUCCUCGUUUCUUCGAAUCGUUGGAGACAUCUGAAAUGGACUUGUCUCUUUUCACAGACCGCCUCCACAUGUCGUGCGUUUACCAGGGGUGUUUCGCCCUGUGUGACGAUUCCAUCAGUAUGGACAGGAUACAGAAGCAUUUCUGUCUGCUUCUCCAAAUAAUGGACAGGAAACGUAUUGCAUCAUAUUUCCAAUCAGCUUUGAACGAGAAAGAGAGCCGGAAACGUUUCGAGGAGUGGGAAGAUGUUCCAUUCUUCAGCUUAGGGGGUGCAGGAACACAUUACUCUCGAUCUUCCUUGAAGUGCAAAGCCGCGGAUCGUCCAUUUCGGCCUGGAGUGCGAUGGGUUUCCGUGCGGUCUGUGUCACAGUUUCCACCACAUAUACAGAAGCAGCUUGAAGGGGACUGGUUUGACAUGGGUGACCUGGAAGGAUAUUUGCGCGAGCAGGAUGUGCGUCUUCUCACAUACCCUCCACUGGAUCGUGCACAAUACCAAUCCAAGGGGAAAGCGAUCAAUGCAGCACGUUUCAUACAAGCACUGUCCGCGAAUGCGAUAUGUCUGGGAUGGACACCGGGUUUCCGUCGCCGCGACGUGGAGAUUGCCCUGCAGGGUUGUAUAUGGAGAUAA